GAAUGAGCUUUGAGAAUACUGCAGCGCCAGAAUGACCUUUAUUGAAGUGUUUUAACUACUGGUCGCUGUAGCGGCGACUACAGCCGCUCUCUUAUUUAUGUCUCCCUGUCCCAAUAUUAGACAGGAUUUUUGUUGCUGUUUAUAGUCGGCUGGGAACAAGACGGCAGGUCAAUAUGGGGGUUAACAGCAGUACGACUAGGAAAGUGUCAUUCGGACUGGACGAAGACGAGAAGGUCACUGUAAUUGAAGGAGUGAAGCUUUCAGAAGAUGUGCUCCGGCGGAUGAGGGACUCUGACAGCACCAAUUCAGCACAGUCUCUGCCAGACAGUAACAAACCACACUCAAGUCCAAAACCAACAGGGCCCUCCAGUACAGAAAUACAUGAAGAAAUUCGCAAAAACUUUGAGCGUCAACAGGCUCUGGUGCAGGAGCAGUUGGCCAAACUAGCCCAAAGGGAGAGAGAGUCAGCAGCAACCACCAGCGUGGAUGAACUGAACCCCACCCUCAUCCUCGAGAAAGGAAAGGUCCAUGAGGAGCAUGAAAAGGCCAAGCUGCUGCCAGCAGAUUUGGAUGCCUGGGCCAAACAACUGGAGAACAAAGAGAAGGAACUGGCCAGCAUCUCCAGCUUCUAUAAAGAACAAAUAGAAAUACUGGAGAAAAGGAACCUUGACAACUACAAGCAGACAGCUGAACAGUACACCCAGGCAGCCACUGAAGCUGAGGCUCGCAUCCGACCUCGGCAGACUGCGUCUCUGUGCACUGAGCUGCAGGCCAAGGUGCUCCAGUGCUACAGAGAAAAUCCUCAGCAGACCCUGCACUGCUCUAGCCUGGCCAAACAAUACAUGGCCUGUGUCCAACAAGCCAAGAGCUCACUGACGAAUCACGGCUGAGAAACCCAAAGACAGCAGGAGGAGAAGGAGAAGAAGUGAAGAAGGAGGAAGCGUGUCGAAUUCGUCCAUUUCUCGCCUGCCUCUGCCCCUCUACUAUUUAUCCAUUCAUUUAUUUAUCCACCGUCACUGAAUAACCCCCAUCCUCUUCCUCUUUCCCACUUCUUGGUUUUUGAGUGCAUUAUCUUGACAUGUCAUUCCAGAGUGUAUGAUGUGUUGAUUUAUUGUCAAGUUGCGCCAGCACACUUCUGCUGUCGCUGAAAUAAAUCCCAGUGAUCCGGUGGUGAGGAGACUGCA